UCUACACCCCGAAUAGACGACAGGUGGAAAAGGCCUACCCUACCCCGAGAUAUUCCCUCCCAGAGAAGGUAAUGGCUUCUGGGUUGGGUCCUUUAAUCUGGUCUCAUGCUAGAUAUCCUUCUUUAAAAGGAAAACAACCUCCCUAUCCAGGCCACUUUCAAAAGCUUGAGACUGUGGGAGUAGAGACUCAAGAUGAAGCGUGCAGGUUCCAGGGGGAUUCUCCAUGACAGCUCUCGCUUGUGUCUGAACAGCACCGUUGGAGGUCUUUGCCUCACUCCUUCCCUCACCAACAGAGACUCUAGGGGGCUCCUGCUGUGGUCCUGGGCUAAGAAUACGGCCCUGCUGGCUGCCCCUGUCCCCCAUCUGUCCCGCCUUCUCCACUCUGCUGAUUGAUGCCUGUUCCUUGAUAUUUCCUAAUUGCAAAAGCAUACCCCCCCACCCACCAUUGCUAAAUCCUGUGCCUCUGGGAGUAGGGCAGGGCUGUGGAUCCCUUCUUUCUCCCAAAAGUGGGCUGGCUUUCUCUGGGAGGUGGGGGCCUGCUAGGCCUUCAGUGGCUGAGGCCUCCAUACGGCAGAUGCUCUGGCGGAAGUGGCACUUCUUGGGCUGGUGUGGCAUUCCUUGGCAUGAUGGUCUAGACCUCCACAGGUGUAGCACCAAUCUCCUUGGCAUCUCUGUUUCUGCAUGUCCUUCUCCUCUGGCUGCCUCUCAUUCCCAAUACUGAAUACUCCACCAGGUCUGGUGACAUGGAUUCCAGGCCCUUGGCCCACUUCUUAAAGGUGAACUCCACUGCCAUGUGCUCCUCCAGGCCUCCAUGUGAGUCAUUUGAUCCUUCAGAAAUCACCAGGAAGAAUGUUACAGCUUAUUCUCCAACAACUGGAACUUGUCAAAUGAGCCCAUUUGCCUCUCCCACAAGCUCUAAAGAAGGAGAGCACGAAAGUGGACCAUCAAAUGGAAAGAGAAAAAAAUUGAAUUGCCUCAGUUUAACCCAAAGAAAGGAAGCUACAACAAAAGACAGUGAUGAAUUCAUGGUGUUGCUAUCUAAAGUUGAGAAAUCAUCAGAAGAAAUCAUGGAAAUAAUGCAAAAUUUAAGUAGUAUACAGGCUUUGGAGGGCAGUAGAGAGCUUGAAAAUCUGCUUGGUAUCUCCCGUGCAUCGUGUUUCUUAAGAGAAAUGCAGAAAACGAAAGAACUAAUGACGAAAGCAACAAAACAAAAGCUGUUUGAAAAGAAGAGUUCAGGACUUCCUAACAAAGAUGAUGCACACCAACACAUGCGUAUGUAUAGAGUUACGUCAUCUCGACAGCUAUGAAUUCCUGAAAGCCAUUUUAAACUGAGGCAUUUAGAAGAAAUGCACCCACUAUGAACAACUCCUGCAUCUGCCUGAUCGCAUUGAAAGGAACAGAAGAAAUGUCUGUAAUUAAUCUGCCCAGUAAAUACCAGAUCAUAGCACUAGGCAGGUGCAUGUCUAGAUAAAAUUUCUUGCAGCUAAUUUAAACUUUCUACACACACCAGUAGGUAAUCUCAGUGUAAAUAAUCCAUUUCUUCUUGACCCUCUCCUGUGGAAGAGGCUCCUGACUCUCUCUGUGCCGCACACGCCUGUCCUGGAGCCUUUGUGGAGACUUGGUCAGGCGCUGACGCCCUGGUGCCUGGGCAGGCUGAAUGCUUUAAAGCCCAGGAUAAAGCUGAUGCUGGGAGCGUUAGGUACCAGUCUGCCCAUUUAAAGCCCCAGAUGUGUAUUGCGCAUUAUUUAGACUCUGCUUUAAAUUUUUAAAAAUGUAUGUAGAAGUUCAUUGUGUAGCCGCUAUCUCAGGAAUGAGGGUUUUUAGACUCUAGUUAUUCCUAUGCUCAUAGGGAGAAAGUAUUUUCAAAGUUAAAAUUUUCACAUCUCCUUUUGUAAACUAUUGGAAUACGUUUUUCAGUACAGACAUUUAAACUGAACUACACAGACUACUGAACUUAAAGAAAAGACCUUUCUUAUGGGGCUGUAUGUGAUCCUCUCCAGAUUAUUUUGAAGCAUUAAUUUCUAUUUUGCUAUGGUGUUUUGUAUCAUCAUGCUUGUGCUGUCAGAAAAUAAAGGGCAGAGGAAAUUACAGAAUGUGUUAUAACUUGAUAACAUGGUUUUUUAAAACUUCUAUACUUUUCUUUGACUGUUUAUACAGGGAAAAAAUGCUACUCCCUCAGUACUUGCGUUGUCGACAAAAUUUAUAAGAUGUGACCGUGUCAUUUAAUUCACUGUAACAUGAAAAUAAAAAUACUAUAUGAAAAUCUGAAACAAAGUUUAACAAAUUAAGGUUGAAAAUACCUAAUUUUCCAUUUAGAGAACUUUCAGAUUCACUUCUUAAAAUGAAAAUGAUUUUUAAAAAACUUAAUUUGAAUGACAUAGAUACUAAACAGUAACCCAGUUAACAGUUAAACCUCCUUGCCUUCACUAAUGAUUUUAUUGGUAUUUAAAUAAGACUUUUAAGAUAACCUGCAGAAUAUUAAUACUUUAUGAUACAGUUCUUACAGUAGGACAACUCAAAAGCAUAAUUCCUUUCAGUUCUAGCAUUGAAAACUAACCUUAGAAUGUAAGCCAAAACAUACAAAGAAACCUGCAUCAGUCAGGAAAUAGGUUAAGGAGUAGAUUGUUCUAUAUGUAAUCCAAGUUAUGGAGCUAUGUGCUUAAUGCUAUUAAAUUGGUUACCGUAUGUUUGCCCUCUUGAUCUACUAAGCUUUUGCCUUGCAGAACAGCUGGGUCUGCUAAGAAUCAUUUCCCAGUUCUCCUCACUGUAGAUCAGAUGACUCUCGCUUUAUCACCCUUGGAGGCCACAUGAAGGACAAAGCAGAAAGAUCCACACACAAAACUAAUGUUUAUGUGGGGCGGGGAGGGCACGGCAGAAACGGGGGAUACCCUAACCCUGAUCUUCCAAUGAACAUCGCAGAAGAGACCAAUUGAGACUUGAAGCCGUUGUGUUACUCCAGCCAUUAUUUCGUCGCGUCCUAUCCAUCUCUCCCGCCUUCUCUAGAACAGAGCGGCCCCGCUGGCUGCCGUGACUUUUGUAAAUGUUUCCCUCACUCAGCUGUGGUUUAUCAUUUGGACAGAAUGCUACAUCGGGGAUUUUCCUCCCCUCCCUAAGGCCCGGAGGGAAAGUGACUGCUGUAUGCCUCAUAUCUGAUACAUGAGCAUACACCCUACUCUCUUCAUUUUAAGAAGCAAACCUGAGUUUAUUGACAAGAGAAAACUGCAUUUCUCAGAAACCGCCUUCCCUCUAAAAUGAACUUAAAAAUAACUUAGAAGCAUUCAUUUUUUGACAGGUAUAAUUGUGAACAAAGUGAGAAAUUUUUAAUAUCUUUGCAUAACCUAAAUCUCAUUAUAUUAAAACAUUCCUAUAAUCCUGA